AUGACCUCAUCCAACCAGGUCCCCAUUCCGGGCCCCAGAGGCGUCCCGUUCCUGGGAAACAUCUACGACAUUGAGCCCGAGGUUCCAGUAAACAGCUUUGAGCUACUAGCCGAUAACUACGGCCCUAUUUUCCGAUUGACCACAUUCGGCAGACCCCGAGUAAUCAUCAGCUCACACGAGUUGGUGGACGAAGUCUGCAAUGAGGAGCGAUUCAGUAAAAUGGUUUCGGCCGGUCUGAAUGAGAUUCGGAACGGCGUACACGACGGUCUCUUUACAGCGAACUAUCCCGGCGAAGAGAACUGGGCUAUUGCGCACCGCGUCCUUGUUCCUGCGUUUGGUCCGUUGAUGAUUCGCGGCAUGUUUGACGAAAUGUAUGAUAUCGCUACUCAGCUUGUCAUGAAGUGGGCGCGUCAGGGCCCUACUACCCCUAUCACGGUGACAGACGACUUCACUCGCUUGACACUGGAUACUAUCGCGCUCUGUGCGAUGGGAACCCGUUUCAACUCAUUCUACCAUGAUGAGAUGCACCCAUUUGUUGAGAGUAUGGUUGGAUUAUUGGCUGGAUCUGGCAGCCGUGCUUUGAAGCCUGCUUUGCUCAACAGUCUGCCUACAACAGAGAAUUCAAAGUAUUGGAGUGAUAUCGAGUAUCUUCGCAACCUGGCGCGCGAAUUGGUCGAUUCGCGGAAAGAAAACCCCGUUGAAAAGAAGGAUCUUCUCAAUGCCCUGAUCCUGGGUCGCGACCCUCAGACCGGCAAGGGCAUGACAGAUGACUCAAUUGUGGACAACAUGAUCACAUUCUUGAUUGCUGGGCACGAGACGACUUCCGGCAUGUUGUCAUUCCUGUUUUACUAUCUGCUCAAGAGCCCGAACGCGUAUAAGAAGGCCCAAGAGGAAGUAGACCGCGUGAUCGGCAAGCGCAAGAUUGUCGUCGAGGAUAUGUCGAAGCUUCCGUACAUCACCGCUGUGAUGCGCGAGACUUUGCGUCUGAAGCCAACAGCUCCAAUGAUCGCUCUGCACCCCCACCCCGAGAAGAACAAGGAGGAACCGGUGACACUGGGAGGUGGCAAAUAUGUCCUCCACAAGGAUGAAACUGUUGCAAUUUUGCUCACCAAGAUGCACCGCGACCCCAAGGUCUACGGCCCCGAUGCCGACGAGUUCAAGCCCGAGCGGAUGCUUGAUGAAAACUUCGAGAAGCUGCCCAAAAACGCUUGGAAGCCCUUCGGAAAUGGAAUGCGAGGCUGUAUUGGACGGCCCUUUGCUUGGCAAGAGGCUCUUCUCGUGGUUGCGAUUCUGCUGCAGAACUUCAACUUCCAGAUGGAUAACCCUACCUACGACCUGCGCAUUAAGCAGACCCUUACCAUUAAACCUAAGGACUUCCACAUGAAGGCGUCACUCAGAGAUGGCCUCGACCCUACUCAGCUCAGCACUUCUCUCAGUGGCUCCGCUGGUACGCCUAAAGAGACUGGCGCCGGCAGCCGGGACCGGAAGCCCAAGGUGGCACCUCCCGCGGAUGGAAAGCUGAAGCCAAUGCACGUGUUCUAUGGCAGCAAUACUGGAACUUGUGAGGCCUUCGCUCGCAGACUAGCUGAUGAUGCCACUGGAUACGGUUACGCAGCUGAGAUUGGGUCCUUGGAUUCAACAAUGCAGAAUCUGCCGAAGCACGGCCCUGUGGUAUUUAUUUCGGCUUCGUACGAAGGCCAGCCCCCCGAUAACGCCGCCCACUUCUUCGAGUGGCUCAGUGAGUUGAAGGGUGGCGAGCUGGAAGGUGUCAACUAUGCCACCUUCGGCUGUGGUCACCAUGAUUGGUCGUCCACCUUUUACCGUGUCCCCAAAGCCAUCGAUGAUCUGGCCGAGAAGAAUGGAGCAAAGAAGCUUUGCGAUAUUGGCCUUGCUGAUGCAGCAAACUCUGACAUGUUCACUGAUUUCGAUGGCUGGGGCGAGACCUCAUUCUGGCCGGCUGUGAUGGCCCAAUUUGGCGGGGCUGGUCCCGAGCAGGCCGCCAAGUCAAAGUCAUCAUUGCAAGUUGAAGUCAGUUCUGGCAUGCGUGCAUCCACCCUAGGCCUCCAGCUGGAAGAAGGAUUCGUCAUCGAGAACCAGCUCUUGACACCGCCGGGCGCCCCGGCCAAGCGAGUGGUCAAAUUCAAGCUGCCAUCAGACAUGACCUACCAGUGUGGUGACUACCUCGCCGUACUACCUGUAAACCCAAGCUCAGUCGUCCGUCGCGCCAUCCGCCGAUUUGACCUCCCUUGGGACGCCGUGCUCCGUGUCCAGAAGCCACCAGGCUCAACCUCCUCGCCCUCCAUCCCCAUCGACACCCCCAUCUCCGCCUUUGAGCUGCUAUCCACCUACAUUGAGCUCUCCCAGCCAGCAUCAAAGCGCGAUCUGAACGUUCUAGCCGAUGCAGCCAUCAACGAUGCCGAAGUCCAGGCCGAACUGCGCUACCUCGCCUCCAGCCCGAGCCGCUUCACCGAAGAAAUCGUCAAGAAGCGCGUCAGCCCGCUCGACCUCCUCACCCGCUACCCGGCCAUCAAGCUUGCCAUCGGCGACUUCCUCGCCAUGCUCCCCCCAAUGCGCGUGCGCCAGUACUCUAUCUCCUCAUCGCCUCUAGUCGACCCAUCCGAAUGCUCCAUCACCUUCAGCGUGCUCAGUGCGCCGGCCCUGGCCCACGCAGACGACGACGCCGAAAUCGAGCAGUACCUCGGCGUGGCAUCGAACUACCUCUCCGAACUGCAAGCCGGCGAACGCGCGCAUAUCACCGUCCGCCCCUCCCACUCAGGCUUCAAGCCGCCCAUGGACCUGGAAACGCCCAUGAUCAUGGCCUGCGCAGGCAGUGGUCUCGCGCCCUUCCGUGGCUUCGUGAUGGAUCGUGCGGAGAAGAUCCGCGGCCGUCGCAGCUCCCCCGAUUCCGACGAGUUGCAAUCCCAAGAGGUCGUCAAGCCAGCCAAGGCAAUUCUAUACAUCGGAUGCCGGACCAAGGGCCAGGAUGAUAUCCACGCUGCCGAGCUGGCGGAGUGGGCGGCGCUCGGUGCCGUCGAUGUUCGCUGGGCGUAUAGCCGUCCCGGCGAAGGCAAGGGCCAGCAUGUGCAGGACGCUAUGCUUGAGGACCGCGAAGAGCUGGUGAAGCUGUUUGAAGAGGGUGCCAAUAUCUAUGUUUGCGGAAGUACGGGUGUUGGCGCUGGUAUUCGCCACGCUUGUAAAGAGAUGUACCUUGAGAAGCGCCGUGCCAAACAUCGUGAGCUUAAGGAGAAGGGCGAGACGCCGGCUGGGGCUGAACUUGAUGAGGAUCAGGCUGCUGAGCAGUUCUUUGAUAACUUGCGCACCAAGGAACGCUAUGCUACUGAUGUGUUUACUUAG